AAGCGUCUGUGGCACGUGAGCUUGAUGAGCUCUCUAACGGGACGAGCUCGAGGCGCUCUCUAAUCCGCAUGCCACAGCCACCAUCAACCUUUCAAACUUACAUUUCCAUCAAACUCCGACCACUACAGCAGGCAAUCAUGACUAUCGACGCACCCGUUAUUCUGUCCGCACUUUUCUUCACGAUUAUUGCCAUUAUAGUUGCGUCGGCGUUCCUGGCGAAGAAACCUGCGCAAAAGAAAGAGCAGAAACAGAAACAACACGAGGAGAGAUCCGAGCGGGUUUCUGAAUAUCACCAGCCCAGAGUAGAGCAACCAGCUCCAGUUCAGAAGGAGCUGAUUACUGAAGAGAAAAGAGAAGAAGUCGUUCCUGAAGCCGAAGUCGUCCUCCAAACACCUGGACAGGCAGAGGUAAAGGCUGAAGAGGAGAUCACUGUUGAGCCGAAAAAGGAAGAGCCCGCUGCAGUCGCGCCUGUAAUUGAGGAAGUUGGUGUUGUAGAAGAAAACCCUGGAGUUGAACCUGAGGUCAUCCCUGUGCAAGAAACCCCUGUCCAGGCAGCCCCAGAGCUUGAGCCCGAGCCUGUACCUGAAGAAGUCGUACCAUCAGCACCUGUAGAAGAGCCCGUUCCUGUGCCAGAGCCAGUGCCUGAGCAAGUACCCACCUCGUCACCAGAACCAGUGGCUGAACCAGUGAAGGAGUCUGUCCCAGAACCAGUGCCUGAACUAGUCCCAGAGGUGCCCAUUCAUGAACCAGCAUCUGAAACCACCCCAGAACCAGUAUCAGUGCCUACCCCAGAACCACUUCCUGUUCCAAACCCUGAAACCGAGCCUGCACCCAUCACAGAGCCACUGUCCUCAGCAGCUCCUGAAGAAGCGCCUGUGCCCAUCCCUGAGACAUCACCAGCAGCUGAAUCCCUUCCAGAAGUCCUACAGAAUACUGAUGUGGCAGCUGCUUUGGUGACAGACGAGGUCGAGACCUCUGCAGCCCUCCCCGGAAAUAAGAGGACCACCAAGUUUGAGAAGAGAAUGACCAAGGAGGAGACGGAUGAGGAGCAGAGAGAUGCCGAGUGAGCAGAAGUUAAGGGAAGAUGCGCUCCCUCUAACGGACCUUGAGGACCUUCAGGGACUUCUCUGUUUGACUCUCUCUGAAACUUACCAUCGUGCUUUUAGUCUCUUUCCCCUUUGUUUUCUGCCUGUGAAUAACUUAUUAAAGCAAAAUGCCAAAGAACAUAAGAUUAUUUUAUUAUAUAUGUUAUUCUAUGAAAGGUUUAUUUAAACAGUAAUUACGUAUUUAAUCUACACUGAGCUAGAUUUAAUUAUCACUGUGAUGUUACAGUUUACAUUAAGUUCAUUUAGUUUGUUUUGGAAACUUUUGUUUAAAUGAAAUGGAGGGAUAAUGGUGAACCAGUGAUUCUGAUUUAUUUUAUUUGAUUUCUUUUUUAUAUGACAU